AUGGGGAAGAAAGUUAGCGGGAAGUUCGUCUGGGUGAUAAAGAAUUUCUCCUCUGUGCAAUCUGAGAAAAUUUAUUCUGAUCCAUUUGUGAUAGGUGGCUGCAAAUGGCAACUUCUUGCAUAUCCCAAGGGAGAUGGCGUUGAUUACUUUUCUCUGUAUCUGGAGGAUCUUGCUGAUUGUGCAUCAUUGCCUUAUGAUCUGGAUUAUGAUGAUGAAUAUCUAUCCGAAGAACAUUACUUUGAUAAGCCGUCUCCAGCCUUUGCCUGGCGUUACCCUACCCCUUCAGAAACCCUUGCGGAAGACGAUGGAUUUGAGGAAUCCAUUCCCGUGGGAUCUGUGAGGCGUAUAUUUGAGAGACACCCAGACAUUGCCGUAAGGUUCCGAGCAAAGAACAAACAUCUUAGGACAACAUUCAUGAAUUUCCUGCUCAGCUUAAUCGAGACACUGUGCCAGCCACUUGAGGAGCUCUCCCAUGGAGACAUUGUGGAAGCAGGCAUUGCGCUGACAUAUGUGAAAGAUGUGGGAUUUGAGGUUGAUUGGUAUCUUACUGCCACCACCAAAGCUAAUCAGCCUCAGUACUUGUUUCUGUAUCUGUUGCUUGCUUACGGUCCAUCAUUGCCUUCCGGGUGGAAAAGAUAUGUCAAGUAUCGCCUAACCAUAGUAAAUCAACUUGCUGACGACCUAUCCGUAAUAGAAGAUGGACUGCACUGGUUUGAUUCAGGGGCUUGCAACGGUCGAUUUCCAUCCAUGUUUUACCUUUCCAAACUACAUGACUGUGGUUUCUUGGUAAACGGAGAACUCAAACAUGUUGUGGAAGUACAAGUUCUUAAAGUUAUUGGCGCAUCCGAGAAAUCUGAAAAGGCAUCUAAACCUCUGAGGAGGAUAGAUGUUAUAGCUGGUGCCGAGACUAAUAAUUUGCACAGUGAAGCUUCAUCAUUAAAGGAAAGCAUGGAUGUAAAUGGCUUUCAAGUUCUUCCUUCACAGAUCGCCAAGGAAUGCUCUCUCAUAUGCUUUCUACACCUGUCUCUUCUCUACUUGCAGGUAGAAUCUGUUAGAUGUGUAUUCGAAAGACACCCAGAUAUUGCUGUGGAGUUCCACGCAAAGAACCAACAUCUGAGGAACGCAUGCAUGAAUUUCCUGCUCAGCUUAAUCGAGACGUUGUGCCAGUCACUUCAGGAGCUCUCCAUUGAAGACCUUGUGGAAGCAGACAUUGCGCUGACAUACUUGAAAGAUUCAGGCUUUAAGGUGGACUGGCUGGAUAAGAAGCUGGACCAACUAAAGGAAAACAAGGAGAAAGAACAGUUUUGUUUGGCUCGGCUACAAGAAAUGGAGGAUAUGUUUUUAGACUUGGAUGCUCUGGUGGAGAAGGAGGAGGCAGAGUUGUCGGCCACCAGAGCACCUCUAUCAUUCGAUGAUGUUGUUUGA